UAGAACACUUCCUGGUUUAGCUUGAGAUGGAACGUGGAGCCGGGACGAGUAGGAGAAGAGAAAGGAAAAACAACGGGAGGGUGGAGAGUCAGGAGUAAAGGACGGAGAGAUGAGGCAAUGAGCUAGAGGAGGAGGAGGAGGAGGUUCGCGGAGAAAGGAAUAAUUGAGAAAUGCUGUUAGGUUUGGGAUUGCCAAGUAGGGAACGGUAUUAGAAAAUGGACGGAAAUUGCUAAUUAUUAUUAUUAUUUAUCUACUUCCCAUUUUUCACCUCUCAGACUGCCAGCAGCGUCUGUUUCUCCUCUGUGAAAACUUGUAUGUUUCGGGCAAAGUUGGGGAGGGUGAGUUGAGUGCUUUUUUUUGAGGGGGGGGGCAUUGCUGCAGUCUCCCCUGAAUUAGUGUUAUAUUUUUUGCAGAAAUUAGUACGGCUUCCUUCCUCACGCGUUGCAAGAUUCAUUUAUCAGUGCGGUAUGCAAUUAUUUAAAAGCCUCCUUUUUUCUCCCUUCUCCCCCGCUUUAAAAAGUGGUGCAUGCACAUGCUGGUAUGAAAUUAGGAUAAGGGCUAAGCUCUUUUUAAGCCUUCAGGGGUGGUAAUCUUGAGUUAAGCUGCUAAAGUAUGUUGGAAUGAAAUUUCAAGACUACUGUUUUGGAAUUGAUAUAGAUCUAUACUUUAAAACUGGCAUCUAGAGGAAGUAUAGGACCCAAGUCCUAUACACAAAUAGCACUUCUAUGCUUCCUUCCUCUUUAGCAUCACCUGAGUAACUAAAACUUCCACAGCAUUCCUUCUACCAUUUUUAACAGAUUAUUUCUUUUAUGUCUUUGUGUUUUCCCUGAUCCUUAAGUUUCAGGAAGCAGUUUCUUUAAGAAUUCAUCUGGUGGUGGUAGGGAGUUGCUUUUAUGAGUCAGCCACUUUGGUGGAAAUUUUAGAGGCAACACGGCUUCCUGAAUAAAGUGUUUAAAUUCAUUGCCUAAAGGCCAAAUUAAUGCUUGAAAGCCAGGUUAUCUGGCUGUGCAUCUGAAGAAACACCUGUUUUCUGAAGCAAUACAGGUUUUUUGGUUCUUUUAAAACCUUAAGUUAUCUUUUAAUUGCUUUUCCUCUUCCUUGUGCUAUACUUACACAUUGGGUUGAUUCUUUCAGGCUUGUUCCAAAUAUGUAGUUGCUCAGUCAGGUUAGUGCUCAUUCCUAGGAGCUUUUGUUUGUGACCCUGACAGAUAUUGUUCUCUUGUAGAAAAGCAAAAGUGGGAGGGGUGUUUUUCCAUUUAAAAACCUGUUUGGUUUUACUGAUACUACAGACCUUACUCAAUGAAGAAAGGGAAGACUGUGGGAAACAGUUGAAGAGUUUACUAGUGCUGUGGAGACAGGGGUCUUUCUUUUGAUCAGCCAUUUAGCAGAUUGAGCAAAAUAGAUGGCAAUGAAAAUAUCUUAACUCCUGCUUUUCAAAAUCGGGUGCUGUGGGGGAAAAGGUUAAGGGGGAAGGAAGAGGUGGUUGCAAACCCAGCUGUUUGGCAAGCUUUGCUAUAGGGCAGAAAGAACAAAAACGCAAAGCUGGGGCUCCGCGGCGAGAUGAACAUAGUUCUGGGGGCAUGUCAGGAAGGCUCAGAGACCCUACUCCAUGGGGAGUUUGGCACCUAUCCCCCCAAGGGGACCCGCUAUGCUCUCAGCCUCACACAGACGGAGUUGCACAUCCAACGCCUAGUGCCUAAGCCGGAUACAGAUCACCGAACAGUGCUGCGACUAAUUGACGUAGUGGGGUGCCACACGAAGCGUAGUCAGACUGUUGCAAACAGCUCAGCCUUCUUCUGUGUCUAUGCUUAUCCGCUGAAGAAAAGGAAGGUAGCGGUGGGAUCGAGCCGGUCCCGGCAGAGGGUAGCAAAAACUUUUCAGGUUGACAGUGCCGAGCAUUAUGAGGACAACCUUCGUGUGGCAGAGAAAUGGGCAGUUGCCAUCAGGUGCCUGGUGCUGGGUAUUAACAUCUCAAGUGAAACAGAAAUCAGCCGCAGCCUCCUGCCGCGUCCCCGUCGCCUCCUCCUUUUGCUGAACCCUUUUGGGGGCAAAGGCAAUGCCUUGCAGUGGUGCCAGAAUCACAUCCUGCCGAUGAUCACAGAGGCCGAGGUCAGCUUCAACUUGAUCCAGACAGAGAGACAGAACCACGCCCGGGAGCUUGUACAGAGCAUCAGCCUAGCUGAGUGGGAUGGCAUCGUGGCUAUUUCAGGAGACGGUCUUCUGUAUGAGGUUAUCAACGGUUUGAUGGAACGGCCAGACUGGGAAGAAGCCAUCAAAAUGCCCCUUGGGAUUCUCCCCUGUGGUUCUGGAAAUGCAGUGGCUGCAGCCGUUAACUUGAAUGCAGGAUUUGAGCAGACUUUGGGCCAGGAGCUGCUGACCAGCUGCACUCUCCUGCUAUGCCACGGAGCCGUCUCCCCCUUGGACCUGGUUUCAGUCACCACCUUGUCGGGUUCUCGUUCCUUCUCCUUCCUGAGUGUAGCCUGGGGCUUCAUCUCUGACGUGGACAUUGAAAGCGAGAAGUACCGGCACAUGGGAUCAGCCCGGUUCACUUUGGGAACCAUGGUCCGCCUCGCCUCCCUGAACACAUACCGGGGGCGCCUCUCUUUCCUUCCCGCUCCAGACUGCGCUGGCCACCGGCCCAUCUUGCGCAGCAUCACUAUGGCGUCCAACGGGAGCCUCCCUUUCCAGCGGACCCCUCUGCACCGUACGGUUUCCGACAUGGGCCUCUGCGAGGAACGGCGUACCUUUUGUUACCGAGGGCUGGAUCCUGGUGAUGAAACCACCCCCUCGCCCAGCUCCCCGCCUUCUUCCUCCAGCUUUCCUGCCCCCAGCUUCAGCUUUGAAACUCUCUCGGAAAACCUGAUGGCAGAUGGCAAGGAUUCCCGGGAGGGCAAACUGGCCCUGCCCUCCCCUGCAGUCUCACCUACAACUCGUCAAAUGCGCGGCCCUCCGGAUAACUUUCUGGUGCCCCUCGACCAGCCGGUGCCCAAGUCAUGGGUGACAGUGGAGGAUGAUUUUGUGUUGGUAUUGGCCAUCUACCAGACUCACUUGGGGGCUGACCUCUAUACUGCCCCCUUUGCCUACUUCAACGAUGGCCUCAUCCACCUUGCCUAUGUCAAAGCGGGCAUCUCGCGGGCUGCCCUGAUCCGCCUCUUCUUGGCCAUGGAGAAGGGUACCCACUUUGAGCAAGCGUGCCCCCAUGUCACCUGCAUCCCCGUCCGGGCUUUCCGUAUUGAGCCACUGACCCAGAAGGGCAUAAUCACUGUUGAUGGAGAGCGGGUGGAGUAUGGACCCAUUCAGGGACAGAUCCACCACGGGGUGGCCAACUUAAUCACUGGCAUCAACCCAGUUAAGAUUUCAAAAUUCUGAGCCAGUUUCCAGGCCCAUCUCCCUUGCAGGGACAUGUAGGAGAUCAGCUCUGAUUUGCCUUCUCUUUUAGAGAAAGGGGUAAGGGUGGCGUGGCAUGACAUGACGGUGAGAAAUAAUUUCUGACUUGCGAUGCCCCCUCCUGCCACUAGAGGGCAAGCUGUGGAAAAACCACCUUGCAGGGGAUGGGGGUUGCCCUGUGAGCGCACAUGGCAUUAAUCCCCUUCAUGAGCUUAAGGUAACUCAUCUUGGCUACUUUUCCUUCUUGCCCAUAAUCUUUGCUACUCUCCAAGCAAUGCAUCGUUUGGAAGGUGUCCUGCCUUCAUAGAUCUCACAUCUGUAAGCCCAGUUCUUGUAUUUCUCCUCAAGAAAGAGGAAAUGGCCUCUGGGGAAGCUGUUGCAUGGACUUGGGGGAGUAGAAAUGGGUUAUUUAUCCACCCAUCUCCACUUUGCCUACAAGGGGAGAGUUCACCUGAACAUUCCAGUCUGUCCACCUUGUCUUUUCUGAAGUCUGGUCUGGCAGGUCUUUCAAUUCCACUUUUCCAAUCAUUCAGUUUUACUGCAGUCUUUGGGGUGAGUUGGGGAGCAGCAAGAUCAACACAUACCAGCCUCCAGCCCACUCCAGCACAUGGAUCAGUAUCUUUACAGAAUACCCAGCCAGGCUUUCCUAAUCUGAUUCCCCUUAGGUAGGUUGGACUUGUAGUCCCAUCUUCCCCUGCCCACAGAGCCACUGUCCCAGCUCGACGCCUUCCUGAUAUAUUGGAUUACCUCGCCAUUAUCCCCAGUUAGCAUCAAAAAAGUGCCGGAUGGGGGAAAGCUUCCCAGAAUAAUCCUUUUUGUUUCAGGAUAGGAACAGUGGUCAUGCGGGUGAGCAAGUUCAGCAGGGCAGGGAGAAGCCACAGGGAGCACCUUGGAACGGGACCCGCCUUCUUUGGCUUUUCUUUCAGUCCAUGGGACCAACCGUUUCCUUGCUUUCUACUCCCCAGUUUCUAGUGGUUUGGAAGGUUGUGCCCUGCCUUGACACUUCCCAGACACCCUUCUUGGGCUGAGUGAGGGCUCUCCGGCCUCUGUAAUCCGAGCAUCACACACUCUCGUCACAUUCUGCCCAUGAGAGCAGAAGAACAGGGACCACAGUUAAAGCAAUGCAACACUUUGGUUGUUGGUUCUCUGUCCUUCUCCUGUUAACUCAGAAGGCUGUAUGUGUGUGUAUAGACACACCAUAAGUGGGGGACCUAUGCCCCCCCCAGAUGUUGCUGGGCUACAACUUCUAUCUCCUUAAUCUGUUGGCUGGCAGGAGUCAAGAGUGGACCAAUACCCAAAAGGUUGCAGGUUCUUCACUGCUGGUAUAAACAAUGAAAAGACAACAACUUUUGAAGCCCAGAAUUGGUCUCAUGAAGUAGUGCCUGAAAAACUAGCAUCCUCUCACUUUGUUUAACUCUGUUUUAAGCUCCCUGACUUAAUUGAUGCAAGCGGUUUUUACUUUUCUGUCUGUGGAGAAGGGCCAUCAUGAUUUUUUUAAAGUUAUGCUUGGUUCUUCUGCCACCCUUCCUGCAAGAGGCGAUCAAGGGCAUUUAAAGGAAGGAACCCCCCCCCUUUCUUACAGCCUGCAGUGGCUCCUUGUUAGCCUGUCUGGGUUGUUUUGCCACCCUUAUGCCAAGGACUGCAAUCUGGCUCUUUAUAGGAAUACACUGGAUGAAUGUAACUGGAUUUUCUUCUGGAAAGGGUUUAAUUUUGUUAGGGCAGUUGUUAACGCUAUUUUUUUCCCUCUCCACCAUGUGGGGGUUAACAAGCAAUUAAAGUAAUCAAAUACUGUGA